CAGUCAAAAAAUCAAGCAUGGAGGUGGAAACUGAAUCCAGCCAUGUGGAUGCCUCAAAUGAGGAAGCAGAACCUGCCCAGCUUUUGGAUGAUGAAGCAAAUAAACAACUGCCAGUCAAAAAGAAGACUUCCUGUUGCACGGGCCUGAAGGUGUUUCUCGCUGCUUUAUCCUUCAGCUACUUUUGUAAAGCAUUGUCGGGCACGAUCAUGAAAAGCUCCAUCACCCAGAUUGAAAGAAGGUUUGACCUUACAUCCUCUACAGUUGGUCUCGUUGAUGGAAGUUUUGAGAUGGGUAAUUUGCUGGUGAUUGCAUUUGUAAGUUACUUUGGAGCUAAACUUCAUAGGCCGAAAGUGAUAGCUGUAGGAUGCUUUAUUAUGGCUUUGGGAUGUCUUUUAACAGCAAUGCCUCAUUUCUUCAUGGGAUACUAUAAGUAUGAGACAACAUCACAUACAGCAUCGUCAGUCAACCUAACUUCAAAGAUAAAUCCCUGUUUGCUACAUCAUGAUGCCAACAAAACUUCUUUGGAAUUCUCACAAUCAGGCUGUGAAAAGGAAACAUCAUCAUAUACGUGGAUAUAUAUUUUACUGGGAAACAUGUUACGUGGAAUUGGUGAAACACCGAUAACACCAUUGGGCAUCUCUUAUCUUGAUGACUUUGCCAAGGAAGAAAAUGCACCUGUAUAUAUAGCAAGUUUGCACACAAUAGCCAUGCUGGGCCCAAUGUUUGGUUUCAUGUUGGGAUCGCUAUGUGCGAGACUAUACGUGGAUAUUGGAUUUGUGGAUUUAGAAAGCAUCACUAUCACUCCACAGGAUUCUCGCUGGGUGGGUGCCUGGUGGCUAGGUUUUAUGAUAGCUGGAACAGUCAGUCUCCUGGCUGGUAUUCCUUUCUGCUUCCUGCCGAAGAGCCUGGAAAAGCCAGAGGGAGACAACCAUGACAAAACCUCAUCUGGUCUCCUGGAAGAGAGGAAAGCCACAAGGAAGACACACACUUCUGCAAAAUCCAAGCCAAAGAAGUGGUCAGCCAUGUUGAAAGAUUUCUGUACAUCCCUGAAAAUAGUAUUGAGUAAUCCAAUGUACAUUACUCUGAUGUUCAGCUCAUUGUUACAGUUCAGUAGCUUUAUCGGUUUCCUGACUUACAAACCUAAGUACAUGGAACAGCAAUAUGCACAAUCUACAUCUAAAUCUAACUUUCUCAUAGGUUUGACAUCCUUACCUCCUGUAGGUCUUGGGAUUUUCCUAGGAGGGCUCAUAAUGAAGAAGUACAAAAUGGGCAUCACUGGAAUGGCAAAGUUUGCAUUUAGUAUGUCAUUUUUUGCCUUCCUUCUCAGUCUGCUGCACUUGUUUGUGGGCUGUGAGAACCAUGUAGUGGCAGGACUGACAGUGUCCUAUGACGGGAAACCCAUUCAGAAUCAUGAAAAUGCCUUACUUUCUGACUGCAACUCUGGCUGCAAAUGUGCCACCGAUGUGUGGGAUCCUGUCUGUGGAGACAACGGAAUCACAUACGUUUCAGCAUGCCUCGCUGGGUGCACUGCUUCUGUGGGACGUGGAAAGAGCACGCUCUACCAUAACUGCAGCUGCCUCCAAGCCAGCGGGUCACAGUGGGGAAAUAACUCUGCCACGUUGGGGCAAUGUCCGAAAAGUGAUGCUUGUGCAAGGAACUUUAUUUAUUAUACAGCAAUACAAGUCCUAAGUGGCUUUUGCUAUGCACUGGGAGGCACCCCAGCUUUCAUGCUCAUGUUUAGGUGUGUCCAGCCAGAGCUGAAAUCUCUUGCAGUUGGUCUGCACACACUUGUUAUGAGAGUGCUAGCUGGAAUUCCAGCUCCGGUUUAUUUUGGUGCAUUGAUUGAUAGGACUUGCUUGAAGUGGGGAAGUAGAAGCUGUGGGCUUCGAGGGGCUUGCAGAAUAUAUGACUCUAAUGCUUACAGAUACGCCUACCUUGGCUUAUCAGCAGUGCUAAGAGCUCCUUCUUACUUGUUAGGAAUCCUUUUUAUAGUACUGGCCAAGAAACACUAUCAAGAUAAGAAAUCCAGAUCUGCAGAAAAUGGAGGAAGAGAAGAAGUUCCUAUGAAUAAAGAAGAUAAUUUCAAGAGCAGUGAACCUCUGGCAGGUUCUCUUGAGGCCGAGAAUGAAUCCUGCAUUUAGGAGGCCAUUUAAAACAUUGUCACAUGAGUCA